AUGGCAUUUGUUCUCACAAACAAUCCAUCGUUGCCCAGCAACAGCAGUGGCCAAUGGCUUGGCAUAUGUAAUGACACGACAGAUGGCAUGAAGACGGACCCAGUAGUAGCUGUCGAGUUUGACACGAGGAAGAGCUAUGAGGAUGACCUUGACGGCAACCAUAUCGGCAUCGACAUCAACAGCAUCAAAUCUAUUCGGCAGUACCCGCUUAGUAAUGUUUCCAUCAUCCUCUCGAGUGGGACUGAUGUAUGGGUCAGUAUUAGGUACCACGGCACAUCGAAAUUGUUUCAAGUAUUUCUAGUCCAACACAGCAUCCGUGGGCGGUAUGUCUACCAAGGUGAUAUCUACAUUGAUCUAUCACAGCUUCUGCAGGACAAGAUAUAUCUGGUAUUUACAGGUUCCACUGGCAACUUCACCCAACUGAACCAGAUAAAGUCGUGGAACUUCACCACGAUAGAUGAAUAA